AAAGAAAAUAUCUAUUAUAUCAGCAUGAUUGAAGCUGCUUUGACGGUUCUCUCCCAAGGUUUGGAGUUCAAUGGAAUUAAAAAUGACCAGCUCUUUUCCACAGCUGUGGGAAACUCCUUCAAGUGUCUCAGUAAGCAAACGGUGGACUUGGCCAGCAACUUUCAACUGCAGGCUGCCAAUUCCCAGCUUCAGGCCUUUGAUAUCGUAAAUAACCAAUUUGGAAAAGAAGAGGAAUGCACGUUGGAUAGAAACAAGAAGUGGAUCCCAGCCGCAAUCGGCUUCAGUCUGUCGGGAUUAGUUAUCAUCAUCCUGUUCUCCUGUGUGCUUUAUAGAAGGAAACCUGAGUCUGGAUACAGCCGUAUCUGAACCCUGAAAUGAAUUUAUGAAUGGGUGUAGAAGCAACAAAUGGUAACAUCAGGAAGAAUGGGAGAUUCUGCUUGCUUUGCUGUGGCAAUCAGAUGUAAAAACAGCACUCGAGCAUCUUUAAGUGAUCUUUAAAUUUCUGACACUUUUAACACUUAAUUGGAAAUUAAUCAGCUCAAUGCAGGUGCAUACACGUCUUAUUAUCUGUAUACAACAGUAGCGAUGCAUUUAUUUGCUUGGGGGUUAUUGGGGUUUUCUUAAAUUAGCCAGCAUGUAUUUGCAAA